GGUGUCCGCGAUCACAACCACCCCCCAGAAAAAUGCAGGCACAUACGUAAAGAGCUCGCUAGACGGAACUUGACUCAUCUCUUCCACCCUCCACCAUCUCACUCGCCGUCGUCGUCUCAUCGCCGGAGACGCCAGACUCGGUCUCGAACGACAAGCUUGCAACCGGCUUGCUGUCCGUCCCGUCUUAACCCGUUCUUGCAGCUCGGCUUGGGCGUGUGCUCUAGCCCCAGACUCCAAGGACCGCGACUGGAUCCCAGGGACAGCCAGGCCCUCACAUCUUCAAAUACCAGGGACCGCGACCGCAUCUAUCAACCUUCCCCAUCAUGAAAAGCUGUCUACGAGCCCCUUCUCAGCCGGGAUCACCCGUACCCGGCUAUCGCAAAUGUGUCGCAUUCGGUGGUGAAGGUUCAGAGGAGAUACAUUGGGCCGAUGAGUGGGACAGAACGCCCACGGCACCGGCGAAGAAACUCACAUUCCAAGAAUUAAUGGAGCUUGAGGAAAUCCGUUCCUCGCUGCCCACCGCUAUGAAUCCCUUCGGCAUACGCAAGAGAGAGCUCUUAUCUCAUGUCCCUAUCGGACUGCUCCCACUCGCAUCGCCCGACAACACUCCCAUGUCACCGCCCUCCACACCAGUGGCCUCGCCGCCACCUCAAUCUUUCCCUCCAGGGCCAGCACCCCCACCAUUUUUCAUGCCUCCCGGCCGCGCACGCUCGCCCUCCGUGACACGUCUCGCCUCUCCCGCGCUCUCUCAUCUCCGACCACCCGCCCCCGUUCCCGUGCGCCCGAUUAAGAACUUUACGUUCCUCCCCGUUUUGGGACCGGCUUCGCCGACGUUCGAGCCUCCCUCUCCGUACAACUAUCCACCGUCAGUCCCGUCGUCCCCGUCGUACACGCCCGCCCGCUCCGCCGCCGACGGCGAGCCAGAUCGUGUCUUUCCAUCCCCCGCCUCACGCCAGCUGAUCCCCAAUUCGGGGACUGCCGUGCACGGCAAUUACAACUAUGAGUCUGCCUACCGCGCCGCAGAGUCCGCUGCGUACUCUCCGCCGUUCGGAUCCAGUGCGUACGACUACAAAAAGGACCACAAGGGCAUGCUGGAGAACGGCAGAAAAGAGGCACUGGUGGGCGCUGCCAGUGCCGGUGCCGUCGCCGGUCCCUCGAAGACGAAGGGACGGAGAAAGAAGACGAGCGUCAUGGUCAUUAAUGACAUGGAGAUCGAGAUUGAGGAGGACGAAAGCGAGACGGAUUCGGAGGCCGAGCUGAGCGUGUCGCCGCCGGCUAUGACACCCCUGCCACCCCCGACAAUACCUAUCGCCUCGAAGCCGCCCCCUCCGAUAUCGAUAGCCAAGACCAGUCUGCCUCAGGAGCCGCCAACGUCUCCCCGUCUGGCGCUUAUCAACCGCCCGUUAUCGCCCAUCCUGACCCGUCCCGGCUCUCCGUCGUGCCGGCCUGUUUCUCCCCUGACGGCCACCGGAGGCCGGGCGAUGUCCCCCGUCCAGGCGCGGGCCAGCUCUCGGCUGGUGCGCGCGUGACAGCCUGCCACGUUGACCCCUCAUACUGACUGUUAUCUAUAAUGCUAGAGCCUUGGUUUCCCACUAGAUCUCUUGACACUGGAUGUGACUUAGAUCAAUAUAUACGUAUUAUCCAAGCAUACAGCUCGCCAGUAAUGUCUAUCUCUCCUCGUCUCUGUUUUGGGCUUCUGGGACUCGGGCACUGUAAUUUAACUGCAUCCCACUUCAGCGUCCUGUUUUCGGAAUCAGUCCCUGCGUCGAAGCAGCGCCGUCCUUUCGUUUCCGGACGCAAAGUUUGUCAGGCGCGCAGAAAUGCCGCAGGAACCAAGCCCAGAACCGCAGAACAUCCUGCACUUGGGAGUGUGAUUACGUGCUCAAGCGUUUUAGUGUUUGGGUUGGGGAUUCGCGAACCGCGCCUUCCCUGAAAUUUAGUACAUAUACUUACUUCCAGCUGCUCGCAGGGCUUGCACAGCAUGGGCCUGUUCUCGCUCCUCGUACUAGUCGCCGCCGCCGCUGCACCAGCGGCCAAAGCAUCAGAUCCGUGCACGCUGGCCACCACGGCGACCUGGGUGUCGAGCAGCAUCGCCCAUGCCUGCGAGCUUAGCGUGCCGUUCAAUCAGACCCGCAGUCUGGCGGUCAUGGACUCGGUGCUGAAAGCCCUGCCGUACUAUUCGCUUGAGACGUGGUUCGAGCGCUCCCCGAAUCCGCUCAUUCCACAUGCCGUGGAUCUCCGCUCGUUGUUGCAAGACGUCCAGCACACGGCCGCCCAAGGCGGAAUGGCUGGAUACCAGACAGACUGGGAUUUCAACAUUGCCGUGUCAGAGGCUUUCAAUCGCGAGCAGGACGGACACACGAGUUUCGUGGCUUCGUGCACCCAAUCUUUCAGCUGGAACCUGCCCUUCUCGAUUGCGUCCCUAGCGGACAGCCCCUCCAACCAGACUACAUAUCCCGUCUUCCUCGCCAACUACGACUUUCCGAACCAAAACCGGUCGGGGCUGGAGGAGUACUUCCAGGGCCUGAAUGUGUCUGUGCGGGAAUUCGACGGCGCGCGCAUCCUGUCGAUUGACGGCGUCGAAGCGGGCCCGUAUCUGCUUGAUCUCGCGGCGAACUCGAGUAUCUACGACGGGCUGCAAGGCGCCUACGAGACGCUGGAUCCGAGGUACAUGCGCCUGAUGUCUCGAUACUCGGCGGACACCGAUUCUGGACUGUUCACGCAGGAGCUCGGCAAGUUUGCGCAGAGGAUGUUCUACCCCGGCUCGGACUCCGUAACCGUGGAGGUCCUGCUGGCCAACGGCACAAGCCAGCUGCUGACAGUGCCUUGGGCUGCGAGUUUCGUUGGCGCAGAUCUGUCGUUCUGCAGCGACAUCUCGGGAGAAACCCGUCGCCGCGGGCUUUUGCGACAGCCGUCGAGAUACCAACGCAGGAAGGCGGUGGUCGCACCAGACACGCAAGCAGAGAUCCGCACAAAACAGCACACGCCUGUCCACCCAAACUACGUCCAGCCCAACCUCACAUCGUUCGGCCAUUUCCUCACGCUCGACAUCUACCAAUUGCAGGAGCACAAGCAUGUGGGUGUUGUCUAUCUCGAGCAAUUUGAGCCGCCCGCACAGCACGAUUACCAAACGUACUCUGAUGGGAUUUCAAAAACGAUCCACAGCGGACUGGUGGAGCUGAAGAAGGCAGGCGUCAGACACAUCUUGCUCGACGUGUCUGGCAAUCGCGGCGGCUUCAUCUCUACGGGCGCCCUCGCAUUGCGGACGCUGUGGCCCAAAGACCGGUACCCGGGAUUCCCUGCGGUGUUUCGAGUGAGCGACUUGAUCAGGCGGGAGGCAGAGUGUGCUUCGGAGCAGAACAACUCAGAUUCGGAGUACUUUUUCGGAAACUACCUGUCGGGGCGAAACGAGCGGCUCACGUCCAAUGCGCAGUUCAUGGAUCCCCCCGUAAAGCAAAUCGUCAACGGCAUCCCAGACGCAUACUCGCACCCCAUCUUGGACAACUUCGAUUCCAUCGCGAAGACGUUUGACGAGCCCCCAUUCGCGGACGGCGACUACGUGAUCGUCUCAAACGGCAUCUGUGCAUCGACAUGCUCGAUCUUCACCAGCUACCUCUUCCAGAAACACGGCGUCCGCUCUGCCGUCUUUGGCGCGCAGGCCGAGAAAUUUGAGUUCGACGGAGGCAUCAAGGGGUCCGAGAUCACGUCGCUGGAUGACAUCCUCUCCGAGCUAGAUACAGCGGAUUUAGCAGAUGACCCAGCCGCCCCGCAGGCGCUCCCUGUGAGUGCGUCCCUCACCCUCAAUUUCCGAAACGCGAUCCCGUAUGAGGAUGAGACCGAGGACAAGAUCUUGGAAUUUGUGUGGGAGCAAGGGACAAAGGGGUACCAAUACACAAAAGAGAUGUUCAACAACCCCGAAAGGGUGUGGGAAUUCGUCGCGGGCGAGUUCUUUGGGUAGAUUAUGUUAUGUUACACGGACAGACUUUUUAGUUAGGCUUUGACUCACAGCAAUUAAUGCCUCCACCGGACUUGGUGCCCGCCAUCCAUCAUCGGCUCGACGAAUCCACGAAAAAUCCAAUCCGGAUCCGGCUGCGAAGGUCCGGCACCUUCCGAGUCCUCGAGCAGGCUCCGAUCCUGCGACCAGCGCAUGCCGUACCCCUCCGCGACGCGCACCUCGUACACAAGCACUUGGUGCGGGAGCCAGUGCAGAUUGCGCCACGUCGCAUUGUCCAUGACGCGCCAGAACAGCGUCACGGCCCUCUCGUUCUGCACGGCGACGGGGCCGGCAGCGGUGCCCCACCACCCCGAUGGCGGCGGCGCGGAUUUCGCCGUUGAUGCGCGUUCGGGGCCAUUCGAGGGAGUGGGAGACGAUGUGGGUGCGGGGCUUGGAGGAGCUGAGGCCCGGUGUGCGUGCUUCGACCAUGCGCGAGCACCUGUCGUCAGUCCCACGGAAUUGGGGACGGUGAAUGCUGCAAGGCAAGCGUCUAUGGACGGUGGGGUGGAUCCGAGGGCCGAGCCAACCGUGUAUGCUAAGCUUUGAGGGUGCAGAAGAGAAGCGAGGCGAAGAAGAAGCGUUCGCAUAGGUAAAAAACAGGUAUACGGGAGGCGAACCCUAGUGUGAGGUGCGUCGAAAGCGGAUCUCCGGGACUAUCGAUAAGCGAGGAGAGUUUCGACCGCUCAAGAGAAGCUUCUGGGUGCUCCUGCAUUCCAAAGCAGUGCGGUAUUGGUGGCAACGACGAGCUCAUGGCCCAGAUGAAGGAGUAAGCAAGAGGGAGAUGAUGGACGAUGAACAGCCACAUGAUGUCAUCAAAAUAGCCAGUUCGACGAUUUGCUGCACGCGCUUUGUUUGCGCUCUGACCAAAGCAAGCGUGGUUGCCUGCAUGAUCAAGCCCCGAGUGAUAUCACAGCCAUUUCCCAAGCGCAUGACGCUUGGACACAGUAUAGCACGCUUUGACUGAACAAAAAUUCACUAUAAGUAUUUACCACUGCCGUGCAUGUGAACCAAGGAAACACCCGUCUAUCGUUGCAGUCGAGCCAUGAUCCCCACUGCACUCAUUCUUUCUCUCAUCCUAUUCACUUUUUUUGCUGCCUACCUGAGAAUGGCCGCGCUCGAGGAGGAGAUCCGGAUUUUAAAGGGAGACAGCCGCAACCACAUGCUGCGCAUUCUCGAACUCGAGAGUUGGAGCUAUCAUUCGAAAUAUGAUGAGCAAGCACACCUCGAAAUCCAGUCAAGCGAAAGCUUUGCUUACACACUGAAGGCAGACUGCUAGUCCCUUGGAUGUUCAAGCUUGGAUGUUCAAGAUGUCUAGCAGAUGCACAAUACAGAUCGACUACAUUUUUUCUCGAUUCAUUUAUAAUUCAAAUACGUGAUCCAAAUUGGAUACAGCAAGCCAGUAAUUGAGACACAAAGCGAUGUGCCCACGUGACGCACUACUGCUUACAGGCCAUCGUUGACACACCUUCUUGAUCAGGCGUGUAAGAGUUGUUGCUCAAAAAGGCAAGUCCGGGUAUCGCUGACUCCCUUUAAAAAACGCUCAUUACGAUGCCUUCGUCAUGCUGCCCAAACCCAGUCUCUCCAUUCUCAUCGCCCUCAUCCCAAUCUAUAUAAGCCUCGCGCUCUAUCUCAACCUCAUUCCAAUCCCCACCCUCGCCGACUCAGACACACUGUCUUCACUCUUGAAGCUUGCCAACGCCAAUUUCCGCCGUCUGUCGACGCAAACAACUGUCACAGAAACCGUCAUUUCGACUCCUGUUUUCGAUACUGAAAUGGGCAUCAAGAUCGUCCCUCGUCCCAGUCAAGAGCGCGGCCAUGCUGAUCACGGCUGGCUGAAGACUUUCCACACAUUCUCCUUUGCCUCGUGAGUUGCUCCGCGAUAGUCGUGUGCAUUCUCACUCACUUACUGGGGCGUCCGACAGCUAUCAGGACCAAUCGCACUCCCAGUUUGGUGCUCUUCGCGUCAUCAACGAGGACCGCGUCGCCCCUCGCCAGGGGUUCGGCACACACUCGCACCGGGAGUUCGAGAUCUUCUCAUAUCUGGUGGCUGGGCAGCUCGAGCACAAAGACUCGAUGGGCAACACCGAGAUCCUCAAACGCGGCGACCUGCAGCUGACGUCCGCAGGAACGGGCAUCUCCCACUCCGAGAAGACGUACGGUUCCAAGCCCGUCCACUUCCUCCAAAUCUGGUCCCUGCCCACUGUGUCGCGGCUCACGCCCAAGUACUUCACGCGCCACUUCUCCGACGCUGACAAACGCGACCAGUGGGCGCGCAUCGUCGCUCCCGUUGAUGCGGAGGGGGUGCUGAAGGACAGCCGGGAGGGCGCCGGGCCUGCCCCCGUGCAGAGUGCGCUGACGUUAUAUGCGACGCUGCUCUCCGACCAGAAGAGCUUGAAGCUGGCCGUGGCGGGGUCGAAAGGGUACAUCCAUGUCGUGCAGACGAGUGGAUACAAUACCGGGGUCUCGAAGGGGUCUGCCAUCCGGAUUGUGACCACGCCAGGUAAAGAGGUCGAUCUGAGGGAAGGCGAUGGCGCGUACCUGUACAUCGACAAACCAGGCCCAGAGGUGCUGGUCGAGAACAUUGGCGAAAAGACAGCGGAAGUUCUGUUCUUCGAUAUCGAUUAGAUCCUCUGUCGUGCUGUUGAUGUAAUCUCUUAUAACGUAAUGCUAACUUAGAACUGAGGGAGCCGCGGAUGAUCCACGUGACCCCAAGUAAGAUAGGACAAGGGAAGAAGACUUGAACACUCG